UUUUGUUGUUUCAAGCUUUCAAGCUUCAAGCCGGUUGUUGACUUUUGCAAAAAUUUUCGAUUUUUCCCUCGAAUCCUCCUUUCCCGGCUGGAUUUUGCGACUUAUCUGCUAGGAAAGCAGUUUUCUUAACUAAUUUAAAACUGAAUCUGUAGCUGCGUUCCGUUAAAUAGGGACAACAUGCUUCCCCUGUCUCUGCUCCGAACUGCUCAAAAUCAUCCCAUGUUGGUUGAAUUGAAAAAUGGAGAAACAUACAACGGUCACCUUGUCAAUUGUGACAGCUGGAUGAACAUUAACUUGAGAGAGGUGAUCUGCACAUCAAGAGAUGGUGACAAAUUCUGGAGGAUGCCUGAAUGCUACAUAAGAGGCAGCACAAUCAAGUAUUUGCGAAUCCCCGACGACGUCAUCGAAAACGUUAAAGAGGAGGUGAUGGCCAAGGGUCGUGGCCGUGGCGACAACAAGGGUCCUCGAGGUGGCCAACGCGGUGGCCGAGGCGGCGUGUUCCAACGCGGAGGAUUCAAUCAGCGCGGAGGCCCUAGAGGCGGAGGUGGCCCAAGUAGGGGUGGGGCAAGACCUCGAAAGUAAAAUUAAAGUGUACAUUUGUGUGUAAAAACAAGCACAUCACUGUUCAGCGUUUGUUAUUCUGAAUUCCUGACUUGACCUGAUGAACUUA